AUGCCCAACAUUUAUGCUGGAACGCCAAAAGCUUUCGCUAUAACCAACAAUGUCGCCGCGGUUUCUAUCGAUAUCAGUCCUGACCUACCCUCAAAUACCGACAAUACGACAACGCUAGAACUACCUGAGUCGCAACUCGGCUUUGUUGAGAAUGCCCUUCCACAAACACCUAUCACUCCCCUCACCCCCGCUGUCCACCCUAUCCAAUAUGAAGAUGUGAGAUCAACCACAGAGCGUCUACAUCUACUUCGCUCGGAGGCCUCACUCACCACCUACGGGGAGAACAUCGGAUUAUUGCUUCGCCCUGACAACGCCAUCAUCGUCAUCCACACCACCUUAGGCUACCUCAUCACCUAUUCGGUAGCCACCGACCCGGAUGCUCGAGUCUAUCGGCCGCACUUCCCAGAUUAUCAUAACAUACAAAGACGCCGCCAAAGCCAUGCAGGAUCCUUUGGGGCCCAAGCCUCGGACCAGAUCCUUUGGGGCGCAGGGGAAGGGGUGUGUGUUGGUGAUACAAGCGUCCGCUUCAGAAUGGUAAUUAAGGUCGAUGCUGGGAUUCAGGGCGCCCUUGCAUUGGAUGAUGAACUCGUCGUAGCCACUUCCAAGCCUGCAGCAGUCCAGUGUAUCCGGUGGUCUCCCGAUACCACAGGGAAGCAGACCCGAACUGAGAUCCUGAGUCGCAUGCACUGGUUAGACAAGAAGACGAGCAUAGUGAAGAUGACCUAUGACCGACCUAUGGGCCUCAUGGCGUGGGUGACGGCAGAUGGCCGGGCCUAUGCGGUUCAGCGUUAUUCUAACCGGGCCACGAGCAAUUCGGACGAGCCUGAAGCAAAACGGCUAUUCAAGGGUCAUUGUUUCUAUGAGCCGGAAAAUCCUAGUAGGGGCGCUCUCCGAGCAAUCAUCAAUGCACGGUUCUCCCUCAUAGCAGUAGGCUGCGAGGAUGGCGUAGUCAGGGUCCCAGAAGAUGGAUGGCUUACCGGUGUGAACAGCGCAAGAUGGAUAGGCGGGUCGACGGAGCUUUUGAUGACCAGCAAAACGAGCGAUACCAUCUGGGUCCUUGAGAUGGCGCGGAGCGCUGUAUCAAGCUGUUACGUGGCAUCCAACAUCUUUAGAACAUCAGAGGCCAUUCAUAUUGCUCAACAGUAUCAACACCUGGAGUACUUCUCUCAUGCCCUCGAAGUCCUUCUUCAUAACGUCUUGGAUGAGGAGGCUGACGCGUCUCCGGCCCCCGAAGAUGCCAUAUUACCGCACGUCCUUAAUCCUGUCAGCUGA